AUGAGACUUGCCGCGUACGCUGGGGCCUCCGUGGCCUUGGCCACCGGUGUGUUCUUGAAAGCGCUACACCAGAGAGCGAACUUCUACUCGGCUUGUGUAUAUCUAUCGCAGAGCAGUGCGAAUCUUAUGAUCCUAACGAAUCUAUGUCUCCUUGCGACCGGCUUCAUUCUUUUCUGGCUACAGCGACUUCUAUACGGACCUCUUCGACCGAUCGAAACGGAACAACUCUAUGAACGGGCAUGGUUUGCUGUAACGGAGACAUGUCUCGCCAUGACCAUCUUUCGAGGCGAGCUCGGAGGUUGGUUUCUGGUCAUGUUCGUCUUGCUUCUGGUCGGGAAAGUCUGGGGAUGGAUCGGUGAAGGGCGAGUGGAAUACUUGGAGCAGCAACCCCCGGCAAACCCACUGCUCUUCCAUAUCCGACUGGCGCUUUCGCUGGUCUUGUCAGUCCUCUUCAAUGCGUCGAUGCUACGGUACUGUGUCAUCGUCGUCAUUGAGGAAGCGCGAGCAGACAUGAUGAUCAUGUUUGGCUUUGAGUUUGCGAUCUUGACCAUCCUAUCAACCUCGACCGCUCUUCGAUAUAGCAUCGCCUUGACGGAAAUCUACAUCACCCAUCAGCAGGUCAAGGCGAAGAUGGAGGAACGCCGGGCCGAGAUUCGAACCGCUCGUAUUGAAGCCAUUCGGGAACACGCACGCGCUGGAGCAAGCUCCCCUCCGACCGAUCUACCCGACGAGAACGAUGUCAACGAGUUAGAGAUCGAUGUUCCAGGGUGGGAGGAGAAGGGUCGAUGGGUAUUCUACCUUGAUCUGCUCACAGACUUCCUGAAGCUCGUCGUUUACUUGGUAUUCUUCGCCAUUCUCCUCCGCUUCUUCGGUUUGCCGAUUCACAUUCUACGCGAUGUUGUCGUUACGAUGCGAUCUUUCGCCCGUCGUAUUAUGGACUUCCUCCGGUAUCGGAAUGCGACCAGAGACAUGAAUGAACGGUAUCCCGAUGCCACUGCCGAGGAGGUUGCCCGUGAAGAUGUCUGUAUCAUCUGUCGAGAGGAAAUGACUUCAACUCAGCCCCCUGUAGGUGCUGACGGAGAGGCUGGUCCACAGCCAGCAGCGGCCGCACGGGUCCCUGAUCGUCUACGUCCGAAGAAGCUCCCUUGUGGGCAUAUCCUCCAUUUUGCAUGCCUUCGCAGCUGGCUCGAAAGACAACAGAACUGUCCCACUUGUCGGCGUCCAGUGGUCGCACCCCAGCGUCUCCAAGGAGCCGCUGCCGAUGUGAACAAUCUGCCUGGAAAUGUUGGAGGUGCCGCUCAACCCGAUGGCCUUGGUGGAAAUCAGAUGCCCGGUCAGCCAGGUGCUCAGGGAGAACCGCCAAGAGCCAGAGUAUUUCAGUUCGGUCCAUUCCGAAUUGGCUUUGGCGCCGUUCGUGGUGAUCUGUUCCACAAUCUUCAUCAGCAGAUUCACCAAGGCAAUGCUCCAUUGCAACCGCCCGCCGAUGCCAAUCCACCUGGUGCGCGGCAAAUUGGUUUCGGGCUUGGAUUUGGUCGCCGUCCACCAGUUCCAGCUCAAGCUCCAGCCCCCGUGCAAAAUGCGCCGCAGGCCGCAGGGUCGAACUCUGCCACCAUCCAUGCCCAGUUGCAACAAAUCGAGCAGCAAAUAGCGCAAGAAAUGAACUCUUUGCGUGUUGCAGCAGAGCAGCUGCGCCAUGUGACCCAACUGCAGCUGGAGCUGGAUCGGCUUCGUUUGCAGGCCAACCCUCAAGCCCAGUCAGCCACGUCUCCAACAUCCACGACAACUAUCCCCACUGGUACCUCGACUAUUACAUCCCGUCGUCAGUUUGUCUCUAACCCUGGCGCGAUACCCCUGGCUGCUGGAGACUCUCGUCUACCAGAAGGGCUUACCCUUCCACCUGGUUGGACCCUUCUUCCUCUUCAUUCUAUGGAGCCAGGCAAUGGGAACAUACCGCAUGGUAUCAACCCAACCCCUACUACAUCUGUCCCACUCCAAUCUACUUCGCUAGAUGGCCCCCUCGCGGAUCAAGGUGAUGAAGCCCUGGCCUUAGAGACUGCCGCGGCUCCCGCGAAUAGGCAUCAUGAGGGAGCCGAGACCAGUUCCACAACUAUCGCACCGGCCGAAACAGAAAAUGUUAUUCCAAACUGGUCUGUCCCUAGCGCGCCCUCAUCAGCCGAGCACCGCGCAGACUCCCCGUCUCAAGAGUGGACAGAUGUGCAAUCCGAGCAUGUUCCAGACGCUGGUCCCUCCGCUAUCCCUUCAACCUGGGGUAGCAGCGACCAAAAUGGCAAAGCCGUCGCUGAUGGUGAGCCUGCGAGUGCCGAACUACCGUCCAAGGGCAAGAGUCGGGCAGCCACUGUGGAAGAGGCAACCGAAGAAGAGGCGUCUUGA